CUUUUCAACAAAGAUGAUUAUUUAGUAGUUUGUUUUUCAUAAUCAUUUUGUACAUUAAAUAAUUAAGUUUACAUUAUAAAAAUCGAUGCAUAUGCAGCCAAACGAAGUAACAAUCAUACAUGGUUUUGACUUUUUAAUGAUAUGAAUAAUAGCCCGUUCGGGUCAGAAUGUUAAUCAUUUAGCUUCCUAUAUAACCGUAGCUUUAAUAAAUUUUAAAUCUAUUAAAUUUUCAUUUCUGUAACCCUUCUAGACAAGAGUUGCUUUGCUUCUCUGACUCCUCAUGACGGAAUGGAUGCGUCAGAAUAUGUAUAAAUGAACCUACUUGAUGCAAAAGAGCAACUAUAGAACAGUUGAAGCAUGUAAUGAUCAAUGAACAAGCAUCUGCAGGUACUGCCAAUGAACUUGCAGCAAGAUUAAGCAGUAAAGUUAGAUAUUACCUCUGGUUACAUGAUGAUUUAUUGUGAAUGUCCUGUAUGUAAAAGAAAGACAAUAGUAAACUUCUAUUUAACAAAAAGAAUUCAAAGAAAAUAACUUGUUAACAGAUGAUGAAUUCAGGAAGUCGAGAUGCCUAGUUUCCACUAAAUUUCAGAAAUGAAGAACAAUUUUUCAU